AUGCUCUCCGGCGGCGGCGGCGGCGUCGCGCGCAGCGUCUUCACGACGCCGCCGCCCACCUUCACCAGCUCGCUCGUGCCGCGCGAGUCGUACGACACGCCCGUGGAGGCAUCAGCAUCGGCGCCGGCGCCGGCGUCGCUCGCGGGCGUUUUCGGCCCUACUGUUACGUUGCGGUUGGGUGAUGUGGUGUUGGCGCGGUCGGGGGACAAGGGGCCGAAUUUGAAUGUUGGGUUUUUCGUGAGAGGGGGUGGUGGUGGGGGGAGGGAGAAGAACGAGGAGGAAGGGAAGGGCGGAGGGGACGAGGGCGAGGGCGAGGAGGAUGUGGCGGACCUCGCGUGGCGCUGGCUGCGCGCGUAUCUGAGCCGCGAGCGCUUCAUCACGACGCUGGUGGGGGCCGAGGACUGGCCGGCGUAUAACAACGAUCAGUAUUCGAAUGACGAGCGCGAGCCGUAUCACGUCGAGCGCGUCGAGUUUGCCGGGAUCCGCGCGGUGCAUUUCGUCGUGUACGGGUUCCUGGGGAGGGGCGUGGGGAGCUGUGCGAGGCUGGAUUGCUUUGCCAAGGGGUUUGCGGAUUAUGUGAGGGAUCGGUGGGUCGAGGUGCCGAGGGCCAUGUUGGCGCUGAGGAGUAAGGAUGGGAGGGUGGUGGAGGAGAUUGAGAGGGGGUUGAGGGGGUAG